GUGUUAAUAUAUUGUUACAAAAGUAGUAUUAAGUUGUAUUUGUAUUACUAUAUGCAUCCCUGAUUAUGAGCAAUAGCUGUAGGUAUGUGGAAUAGCAUUUGUCUUGUUGUAGACAUCUGGCGCCACGACUGUUUGCUUGUCGAAACAAUAGACAUCUGGCGCCGCACUGUCUGCUUGUCUAGGUAAACAAUUGCUGAGUCUGGCGCCGCGACUGUCUGCUUGCGUCUGGCGCCGUAUAGCCGUAUGUUCUGGUAAUUUCCAGACGCGAUAUUCUAGAAGGACACGUCGGCAUCAGCGAGAAGUGCGUGGCUAUAUAAGCCGUGGCAGCGCCAACGUAAUCAAUCAGUGCUAAGAGUAAACUGCUAUAGUGUAGACGAGUUGUGAAAUAAAGAGUUGUUGAAUUAAAUUAAACAGUGUUGAUUUUAUUUGUCAAUCCAGAGAUACGAACCUAACAAAGUAAACUAGCAAGAGUAAAUUCGUAACAAUUGGUGUCAGAAGUGGGAUUGUCAAAUAAUCCAAAAUCAAGAUGGUUAAAUUCGGAGAAUUGAGAAUUCAGCAAUUAAAAAAGGAACUGGAGGAGCGUAAUUUGCCGAUAAGCGGGCAAAAGGCGGAUCUGCAGGCACGAUUACGUGAAGCAAUGGAAGCGGAUGGAAUUAAUGUGGACGAGUUCGAAUUUGUUGGGCCAGAAACUUCUACAAAGGUAGAAGAAAAAGUAGAAGAACAACGAACAUCAUCGAGUGUGGACAUGAACACGCUGUUAGUGGCUAUACAGAAAAUUGCUGAAAAUACAGAAAAUUCAGUGCAAACAGGAAAUCGUUUGGCACAGCAAAUAGCUGAAAAUGCAGAAAAGGCAGUGCAAACAGAAAAUCGUCUGGCACAGCAAAUAGCUGAAAAUACAUCACAAAUAGCAGACAAUGCAGUGCAAACCGAAAAUCGUCUGGCACAGCAAAUAGCUGAAAAUACAUCACAGUUAGAGUCUCGCCUUACACAACAACAUCGUUUGGUACAACAGAUCACGGAAAAUACUACACAACUACAAAAACAAGUGCAAGAGAAAUUUUCAAAAUUUGAAAACGAAUUAAGCACUUUAAAAAAUGACGAAGAAAAUUUAAAAGCAGAAGUUCUUCAAUUAAGUAAUCGUGUGCGAGAACUGCAACUGCAUGGCCCUGCACCAUCAACAAAUAAUCAAAGAUUGAAGGCACCCACAUUCGAUGGAAGUAUUCCAUUUCAAAUUUUCAAACUUCAGUUUGAAAAGACAGCAAUGGCCAAUAACUGGAAUGCAGCGGACAAAGUAGCGUCCUUGUUUGUAUCAUUGAAAGGACCUGCGGCAGAAAUCCUUCAGACUAUUCCAGACUGUGAACGGGACAACUAUGAGGCAUUGAUGAGUGCGAUAGAAAGACGAUAUGGUAGUGAGCACCGGAAACAAAUAUACCAGAUCGAACUGCAAAAUAGGGGUCAGAAGAUGAACGAGUCAUUGCAAGAGUUCGCAACUGAAAUCGAACGACUGGCUCAUUUGGCAAAUGCAGAUGCACCUGUGGAUUACAUUGAGAGGGUAAAAAUUCAAUGUUUCAUAAAUGGAAUUCGUGAUGUGGACACCAAACGCGCCACAUAUGCAUUGCCAAAAAGAACGUUUGCUGAAACGGUUUCGCACGCCCUCACACAGGAAACAGCUUCCCUACUAAGUAAACCAGCACACAAAGUACAAAGGGUUGAAAUGGAACAACCGGCGCUGAUGGAAGAAAUAUUGAAGACUCUGAAGACAAUUGCUGCACCGCGAGUAAAUACAACAGGAAGAUGUUUCAACUGUGGAAAAGCGGGUCACUUUGCCCGAAAUUGCAAUAUAAAAGUAAACCCAUCAAAACGGAAACAACCAACUGAUAACGAGGACGGAGCAUCCACAUCUCACAAGUCGUUAAACUAAAACGGAACAGUUCAAAGGGGCGUGAGCUGGUUCCCACAACUAUUUGCCCCGCCAUCUCGAUAUCACAAAUAGGUCGCCAUGACAACAAUCUUACUAUCAACGGCAUCGUAAAUGGACGACUGUCAACCCUUACUUUGGAUACUGGUGCCACACAUUCAAUUAUCCGACCGGAUGUGGUAAGAGGAACGGUUGAACCAUUAGUCGGUUGCAAGCUUCGAACGGCCACCGGGGAGGAAGCAGCUGUCGCGGGAAAAGUGUUUUGCGAAGUGAUGAUUGGUACCCUGGAAGUUAAUCACACCUUCAUCGUAGCAGAAAUCACGGAUGAAAUUAUAAUGGGAGUAGAUUUCAUGAUUGAUCACGGGGUUACUUUGGAUUUAAACAAGCAAAUGCUGUUUUGCCAGAACAUGGAGAUGCCUAUAAACACCGGAUAUGUGACCAACGUUGAAAGUAAGAGAGUGAUUGUUGAUGAUAAUCAGAGUAUUCCACCAAAAUCUGAGGCGAUUGUAUGGGCUAAAGUGAAUGGAGGAGGUGGGACUGAAGAGUUGUGGAUUGUGGAACCAACAAAAAUAGAUACACCCAUAUUGGUAGGAAGAACGCUUGUGAAAACUAGAGAAGACGCCACCAUUCCGGUCAGAGUAGUGAAUGAAUUCAACACGCCUAUAAGUCUAAAAAAAGGAGCAGUAGUUGGACAGUGCCAGAAUAUAAGUGCAAUAGCACGAUGAGAACGGUCAGAACAGAAGCCUACUAUUGAGCCACAGCAGAUAAGUCCUACACUCCUAAAUAAUUUGCUGAACGAACUGCAUGGAAAUGAAAAAUUAAAAGCAGAAAAACUAUUAGAAAAAUACGCAUCCAUAUUUGCAAACGAAGGAAACACAGGAAGAACCGGCAUUGUCAAACAUCGCAUAAAUACCGGAGACGCUAAACCAAUCCGACAAGCUCCGCGUAGGGUUCCACUAGCAAAACGAGAGGAUGCUAACAAAAUUAUUGAAGACAUGCACAAAAACGGUGUAAUCGAACCUUCAAUAAGUCCAUGGAGCUCACCUAUCGUCUUAGUUAAAAAGAAAGAUGGUAGCACCCGUUUCUGCGUAGAUUAUAGGAAGUUGAAUGAUGUCACAAAGAAAGACAGUUAUCCUCUACCAAGAACCGACGAUACAUUAGACACCUUGUCUGGAGCGAAAUGGUUUUCUACAUUAGAUCUACAAAGUGGAUAUUGGCAAGUCGAGAUUGAUGAAUGUGACCGUGAAAAGACCGCUUUCAGUAUGGGCGACGGGUUAUGGGAAUUCUCUGUGAUGCCAUUUGGGUUAUGUAAUGCGCCUGCAACGUUCG